UCUGUGCGCUGCCGCGGGCUCGGGCCACGCGCGGGCUGUGCCCGCCAUGGCGCUGCUGCUGCUGCAGCUGCUCCGGCGGCUGCUGCGCUACCUCGGCUGGCCGCACCGGCAGGCCGUGUUUUUUGAAACUCGGUUUGGCAGCAGUAUCACUCGUACACUCGGAACAUGCCUUCCUUCAGCAGUCUCAUCAGGAAGGCAUUUCCAGCAGUUAUAUGCUGUCAUAAGGAAGUAUCAGGCCAAGGUUAUAUCUGUUUGCCAAAAAAAGGAAUAUGGAUCUACUCGAAGUGUUGUCCGUAGGCUUGGGACAAUUCUUUCCUUGGAACCCUACCCCAGACCUUGUUUUAAAUUUGUUCAAGACUCAAAUCCAUUGGGUUAUGAUGAACAAAGUGCAGCUCCAGCUCCUGUGGCUCCAUCACUUGCUGAUGUCCUGUGGGUGGCAAAUGACAAAGGACAAGCAUGCGCUAGACUUAGAACUGAAGUGAGGAGUAAAGAGAGAAGUACAGCUCCUCCUGAUCCAUGUCUGGAUUCGAUACAGAGCUUUCCGAAAAACAGUGGACAAAAAGAUGGUGUUGAUCAAGCAGCACUCCAGAAAAUUUCUGCGCUUGAGAAUGAGCUGACCUUUCUUCGUGCUCAGAUUGCUGCAAUUGUUUCAGUGCAGACCUUGGGAAGCGUUCCCUCACAAACCUUAUGCAGAACACUCAGCACUCCAGAUGGAUUUUACCCACUGUCAGCCAUGACUUCUACACCGUUGUCCGUCUCUCACAAUCGCUUUGUAAUUCCCUCGCCUCCUCCACUUCCUUGUGGUGCACCAUCUGGUGUUGAUGCUAGUGAUUCUGCACUGGAACUUAUCAAACAACGCCGAGCUGCAAGAAGCAGCGAUUCAACUGCGGCUCACAGUACUGAUCGCCAGAGGACAAAGAACAUUCCCAGUAUGAUGGAUGUUUUGAAAGACCUAAACAAAGUUCAGUUGCGAGCUGUUGAGAGGUCUCCUGGAGGUACUCCUCUUUCUAGACCCAAAAAGACGCAGAGUCCAGAUUGGGAUCCGGUUGCUCUACUAACUCACGCUCUAAAGCAGAAAUUUGCACAUAAAAAUGAUGAUGAAGAUGAUUCCCUGGACAAAGAAAAUAAUUCUUUUGAUAGCUCUCCAUUUUCUAGUCCUGAGGUGCCAGUGGUUGGACACUGCAGACUGAAGCCAAAUGUAAAACCCAGCCUUACAAGAAGUGGUGGAGUUAAGCAGGUACCAGCAUGGAAAGCGAGAGCUCAUAUUUAGUAGAGACUUCCAAGGAAAGUUAAGUGUGUAUAAGUGGUGGGUCCACUUUGAAACUGCUGUAAGGUGCUAUAACGUGUUCUAGAACAUACCUUUCCUAUGCUGUUGAAGUUUGGGUGUUGCAGGGUUUGUAAACUUACCUCAUCCUUCUCUUUGGUUUCUCAGUAGCCAAACUUGUGAAUGUGAUGCUUUUACAAGAAGCACAGAACUGAGAGAAGGCUUCUAUUGGUAUGGAGCAGUGGGAAAUACAAGAAAGCAGUGUGUGUGCGGGGAGAACAAAGAUUUAUUGCUGUGGGAGCUGAGGUAUAUGCUCUGUUUGCACUCCAGUGUAAAAAACAAAGGAGUGUAAACAUUUUGUUAGUGUGUUACACCUACUGUAUAUAAUGGUAAUACUUUUUCAUGAGAGUGGCGUAGUUGCCUUGGGUUUUUUUGCAGUUUGCUGAUGCAGCUCCUUAUUCCAUGUGCAAAGUUUUCUAAUUUAUUUUGGGUCAGGAGAUGAACUUUCAUGUUUCUGGAACUUUGUGCUGUAAGUCAAUUGCAGGUCAUCUAUUAAAUGCCUGUAAUAUGAGGGAGUUGCAUUCUGAGGUAAAAAAGACCUUGCAGAGAAAUCUGCUUGCACACAGUCUAAAUUCUGUAUGUAAGUAAAUAUUAAUUCCUGUCUUGUCAUGUGCAUCUGAACUCAGUUUUGUACACAAGGGCUUAUAAAAUAAAAUUGCCUUUAUAUUGUA